CCAACAUCGCCAAAUUUCGCAGCGACAACCGCCGCCAUGGGUAUCGAUCUGAACAGCCACCACGUGAAGGGCACUCACCGCAGUGCCCCCAAGAGCGACAACGUCUACCUCAAGCUCUUGGUGAAGCUCUACCGCUUCCUGGCUCGCCGAACUGACGCCUCCUUCAACAAGGUUGUUCUCCGACGUCUCUUUACGUCCAAGAUUAACCGCCCUCCCGUUUCCCUGUCCCGAAUUGUCGCCAACAUCAACAAGGAGGGUGAGAAGCGAACCGUCGUCAUCGUCGGCACCGUCACCGAUGACAACAGACUCCUCGAGUUCCCCAAGGUGUCCGUCGCUGCCCUGCGAUUUACCUCCACCGCCCGCGCCCGCAUUACCGCUGCCGGUGGUGAGGCCAUCACCCUGGAUCAGCUUGCCCUCCGUGCCCCCACUGGUGGCAACACCCUGAUCCUCCGUGGCCCCAAGAACGCCCGUGAGGCCGUCAAGCACUUCGGCAUGGGCCCCCACAAGCACAAGAAGCCCAAGAUCCAGUCCAAGGGCCGCAAGUUCGAGCGUGCUCGUGGCCGAAGACGUUCGCGCGGUUUCAAGGUCUAAGCGUGAAGUGGGAGAAAAUCAUUGGCCUUGGGUGGAGUUUGGGCCAGCUUAUGAGGCAAUUGAUGUCGUCUUUCGGCUUGCAACUGGGUCUUACAUGGAAUUGGCGUGCCUAGGUAUCACAAAAUUCAUCAAUGAAAUUCUCG